AUGGAGACACUGGAAAGUGCUGGCAAGGAAGGAGUGGAGUUGGACGGAUCAGCCCUUUUAAACACCAGCCUAGAUGGUGUCGCCAACGCCACCAACAUUACCUUUUACCCCUACUAUCAGCACUCCCUAUAUGUGGCUGCCAGCUACAUCCUGGCAUACUCCUUCAUCUUUCUGCUGUGCAUGGUGGGUAACAUCCUGGUGUGUCUCAUCGUACUGGAAAACCGGCAUAUGCGCACAGUCACCAACCUCUUCAUCCUCAACCUGGCUAUCAGUGAUCUGCUGGUGGGGAUCUUCUGUAUCCCUACAACACUGGUGGACAAUCUCAUCACAGGUUGGCCGUUUUCCAAUACCGUCUGCAAGAUGAGUGGCUUCGUGCAGGGCGUGUCUGUGUCUGCAUCCGUCUUCACUCUGGUGGCCAUUGCUGUGGAAAGGUUUCGCUGUAUAGUGUACCCUCUACAACCUAAGCUGACUCUGUUUGUUGCCAAGGCAGCCAUCGUGUCAAUCUGGGUGUUAGCAGUGGUCAUCAUGUGUCCCGCUGCAGUGGCGCUGACAGUGGAGAAAGUCCCUUUCCAUUACAUGGUGUACAAUGAUGACUUUAAUCAAACCUUGCCUCUGUACACAUGCUACGAAAACUUUGCCAACCCUCAGAUGAGGAAGGUCUACACAGCGGUUCUCCUCGCUCACAUCUACCUGGUUCCCCUCACAGUAAUCACACUGAUGUAUGGAAGCAUCGGAGUCAAACUGUGUUCCUCUGUGGUCGCAAACAGAGAGCCGCAGCUUGCCAAUGCUGCAGUCCAGGCAGGAGGCAGAAGACGUGGUCAGCCGAUGAUUUCACAAAAAAAGAUCAGGGUGAUAAAGAUGCUCAUUGUAGUGGCUUUGCUUUUCAUGCUGUCCUGGUUGCCACUCUGGACCCUCAUGAUGAUGACAGACUAUGCAGGCUUGGACAGGGAACAGGUGGACCUUCUGGCCAGCUACGUCUUCCCCUUUGCCCACUGGUUGGCUUUCUCCAACUCCAGCGUCAACCCCAUCAUCUAUGGCUACUACAACGAGAACUUUAAGAGGGGCUUCCAGGCGGUGUGCAAGUCCAGGCCCUUUUGUUGCCUCAUGUGUUGCCAGCUGUGGAGCAGAGUGGCCAAGUGGGGGAAGAGUGGAAGGUCUGUGCAAGCACCUUGUGAAUGUGGUGAUUUCAGAGAUGCUACGAAUCACAACCACUUUGUGUUGGGACUGAGAAAUCGAGUUCAUAAUGACAACAAGUUGAGUAAUGCAGCUGAGAAGAAUAGGAAUGCGAGGGUGGGGUGUGGGGAGGUGCACUCAGGGAGCAGACUUUCGGAUCAAGGGCUAGAAAUGGCAGCUGUUUGCAAGAAGAACAGUGAUAGAGACGCAUCAGAAAAGGUUAGUUCAAUGGCAGUGUCAGUGUAUCAGGCAUGGGAUAACUGA